GAAAUUGUAAAUCUAUUAUAAUUGUUGCUACAAAUUAUCAGCAAUAUGAAAAAUAACAUAAUACGUUACAUUAAGGGUAUAUAAUGAGUUUAUUCUUGCCUGGGGUGAGAAGUAUUAUUUUUCUCUUUUGGUAAGCCCUGUUAGGUUGUGUCGUGUUGAAUUUAAAAUUGAAAUAAAAGAAAAAUGAUUCAAACGAUCAAGUUAGAACUCCUAAAAUAUGCAGAAAAUACUUCUAUAAAAGGCAUCUCAAAAUUUGUCAAGUCUAACAAUGUAUUCAUCAAAGGACUCUGGUCUUUGUUCUUCAUCGUUUCUCUCAUCUACAUGACGUUUCUGAUGUGCAAAGUCUUUCAAAAUUAUUAUAGCUACCCAGUGAACACCAUGCGUGGAGAACUGAUGGAUGGUGCGCUAAAAUUUCCCGAUAUCACACUUUGCAAUUUGGACAUAUUUGCAGAAGGCGAGUCUCCAUACAUGACUAAGAAGAAACAUUCAGAGAUUCUUCAAAGUUUAAAACCUAAAAUUGAAAGGAAGAUAAAAAAAUCAUUUCAAAAUCAUCUGGUGGGUGAAAAAGAGAUAGGCUACGAGUAUUUUGAGAGUCUCAGUCAGCAUGAGGUCGAUGAACGACAAAAUGCAGAUUCCUAUUUGGAUAAAAUAAUUGAAAAUAGUUUUAAAAUACUUAAUUCAAUUCCCGGCUACAUAAUGAGUUUGAAAAAAGAUCGCGACAAAUCAGUCGACUGCCCAAAUUUCAUUGUUGAUUGCCAAUUUUUCGAUAUGGACUGGUUUCCGAUUGACGCCAAAUGUUCUGUAAAAAAUUUUACAAGAGAAUGGAACUCCCAGUACUACACCUGCUACUCGUUACAAAUGAAUGAGAUGAAAAUUCCAAACGGCAGCACAGUUAGAGGGUUGAGUCUCUUGUUGAAUGUUGGCCCACCAUACCCCGGUGAAUUGGAAUACGACUUUUCAAUGACGAGGUCCCAAGCUAGAGGGGUGCAGGUGAAUGUGCACAGUCCUGGCACACCUCCUAAUUUCAGAUGGGGCUUCAGUCUUCCUCCUGGAACUGAAAGUAUCGUCGAAAUCAUUCAAACGGAAAGAAUCCGAGAAGAUUAUCCGUACACCAACUCUGGCUGCUCUAAAGCUGAAAAAAUGUCGCAGGCCCCGGAGUACAACUACUCGAGAGAUUUGUGCAUGGAUUUCUGCAAGCAACAGCACAUUAAAGAGAACUGCGGUUGCUACACGCAUCUUCUGAAUGUUCCAUCUAACGACACCAAGUUGUGCGGCUACAACGUCAGCGAUACAGGAGAUAACAUGUUGGCAAACUUUUUCUGUCUCAUUAAAUUUUUAAAUUUGGAUCAAAGCCAAAAAUGUAGAAAUACUUGUUUAGUACCGUGCAAGGAAUCCGUCUACGACACGCUCCUGGCCACAGCUACCUGGCCUCAGGCGUCAGUUCGACGUAGCAUAUUCAAAAAAUAUAUCGAAGGUAACUGCACUGGCUACAAAGAUGUUGUAUCUAGGUACGCCAGUUACUAUGAAAAUUAUAAUGCCUCAUCCAGUGUGUCUGCGCCGAAGUUAACAGAAAUCGAAGAAUCCUUUCUGGAAAUAAAAUUAGGCAUGAAACAAGGUUUUCCUUUUUCGGAGAAGGACAGCCAGGCUUACACGACUGAUGCCAUGGUAGGGACAGUGGGAGGAAUGUUGUCCCUCUGGUUGGGCAUCACAGUGGCCAGUGCCGUCGAGGUCGUUGAACUCAUCUGCCUGCUGUUGAAUCGACUCUGGGACGUAAAGAAACCUACUUGCUUAAGGGGCAAAUACAGCGUUGAGAAUAUGAAAAAUGCGAGUGAAACUCAUCCUAAUGAAUAUGGAAAUUUUUCCAACGAUGCAAUUCGUUGUAUUGAUUGCAAGGCAGUCAUCAAGAGAUCUGAUGAGAAUGGCAGAAAUGAAUUUAACAAAUAUUAA